UGUGUGCUGGAUUUUAAAUUCAAUGAAACUGUAUUUCACUUCCUUAUUCCCUAAUGAUUGAUAUUACCAUGGACACCAUUGUUGUUUGUGUAUUCAUUCCAAAAGCAUAAACCGCUGUUACAAUCAUCGAUUCUUCGUGGCAUAAAUUGAACGUCCUUGAUUCACAACUUGGUUUUAAAUGCCUCGGCUUGAAACCCUAUAUAUUUAUAGUUAUCCAGUCCGCGCACGUCCGAUACGUUCGAUAUGAGUGUUGUUUAUUUAUAUCCGAUACACAUGGAAUCUGAUCCUGGGGAAUAAAAACAGGAAGAAUAGACUCCUAUUUAUCUACGAUGUGAGGAAUAAAACAAAAUGAAGCAGAUGAAGUUUUCCAUCCUGUCAAUAUUUUCCGUCUUCAUUUUAAAUUCAGAGAUUAAUGUAGAAUCAACCUAUUACUGCGGUGGUGUGACUGAUCCUUGUACGGCAGCCGGUGAGCUUUUUGAGCCGUAUGCACGAACCCGUAACUGCCCUUAUGACGGGACAAAACCCCAUGUCCCAUGUGAUCGAUACAAGACCCCUGGAUGGUACAGGUCAGACGAACCUAUACUAGAUGAAUGUCCCGCCCUCGGCAGCUGUGGGACUGUUUAUCCUGUCUGGUUUAAUGGAACCUUACCAGAAGUAGCGGAUGGGGUGGUUUCCAGGAAACUCUGUAAGACCGGAUUCUCUAGUUGCUGUGUUAAAGAGUACAACGUUCAGAUAAAGAACUGCACCACCCACCACGUGUACUGUUUGCCUGCACUGGACGCCUGCCCUGAAAGAUUCUGUUUCGGAAAACAUGGACCAUGUGAAUAUCCUACAACGACAGCGGUCCAGACAACACAGACAACAACAGAACAGGGCAAAAGAUAUAAGGAUUUGGAGAGAAGAUACACGAUGGUAAUAGUUAUAGUGGUUAUUCUCGUCUGUUGUCUUAUCGGACUCGGCAGCACCAUCACAUUUAUAUUCGUUCGGAAAAAAAUGAGAGACAGGGAAAUUAGUCAAAGCAGAGUGGAACUUGUGCCGGAGGAGUAUAGACACGAUACAGUGCAGGGUGUAACAGGGGAAAGCAAUGGCGUGCCCCCUCAUCUGCAUUUCCAAGUUCGAUAGAAAUACCAAACAACUCAUGAUUUCCAAUUUUGACAUAUUUUUCUUAUCUAAGGAGAUUGAAGAAUCGCAGGGACCAUGUUUUUGUAUAUAUACUGAAAUAUUCAUACAUAUGUUUUGUUAUAUGUACAUUUAUAAAAAAAAAAUGAACUGUUGAUUGAUGCAAUUUAUAGUCAGCUGAUUUUAUUUACAGUAUUAGAAGGAAACAUUUUCACGUUUUGUAGACAUAUCUUUAUUUAAUUUUAUAAUAAUGU